AUGUCUGUGGCCGUAUGCUGGGUUAGACUCGGGUAUCAAAUGUGCAGACGACCCAAACUCAUGACCAAGCCGAUUGUGGUCAUAGCCCCCCUGUGCUCCCGAAACCAGGCCGACGAAACCAGCUGCUUCUCCAAAAGCACUUUUUAUUCGACCACCACAGGCCUCUCGCCCACCAAAGGCAGGGACGCCCUGGAGGAGGCAAAUCCCACAUGCAAGCAGCGCCCAAACUACGUGGAGCUAUCAACGCUUAUCUCCGUAUCAGAGGGCACAGCUGCAGCAGCGCACUCGUCAACAAAGUCACAGCCCCUAAACUGGACUGAGUCAGAUGUGCGGGGACAAGGAGCGAAGCCAAUCUCUAGCCCCACUCCGUCAAAAGCUGCAUCUCUGCUUGUGGACCCAACCGUCGCCCAGUACCCCGACACCCAAAGCCACAAACAUGACUACAGCCAUCCGGGAAAUCCCUCGUACAUUCAGUUGUCCACGCUGAUCGCUGGCGGAUCGGGUACCACGGACGAGGCACCACGGGCCCUGGACAGGGAAGAGUAUCCCGCUUGUACACCCCCCUAA